AUAGGGUGUGAUAUUUUAUUAUCAUAAGAUUAAGUGAAAGGAGCCAAAUAACUGCAUUUACAAUCAUGAAUCAAUCACCAGAGUCUCCGAUUCUUUCCCACAAAUGUUCAAACAUGACUAUCCAUUUGCUAUCCAACUCAUCUCAAGAAAAAAUCAUUUUAAUGUGCAUUCAAUUUAUCCCACAUCACAAUAGUCAUACACUGGAAAAAGCCAUGUCAUUGCUUCUCUCAGCAGUUCUGAGGAGAACAUUAUUUGCUUAAAUCCCUUGAAUUAUAUUAUUUUAUUCAAGAAGUGCGUGCAGAUUUAUGUCUGUUUUUCAUAAUGAAAAUAUGUACACUGUAUUUUGUAUUUAUUAUAUUUUCCCUUCUUAUAAAAUUACUGAUCAUGGCUGCCAAAUUCCUGAAAUAUAAUGUAAAACUGUGCAGAAUAAUAAACACUACCUUAAGAGCAUACAAAUGAAUUGGUUUAUCGAGUGUGCAUCAUAAAAAGAAGUAUUUUGGAGAAAAAAUGGGAAUGUAGUUCAUUAAAAUAUUAAUACAAAGUCGCACAAAACCCAGAGAGACAGAGAAGCAACUUCUAUGUGUUAUUCAGGGACUUUAAUGAUAGCUAAUUACUUAAGACAGCUGCUUUCAGAUAAAUGUUUCUGAUGAAAGUUGUCUUUCUUUUAUGUUUUACCAAGUUCUACUAGAGAUAAAAAGGGCAUUCUGUUAAAAGGUUUCAUUAUUUUGAAGAGAUGAUGUCGUGUAAUGGAAAACAGCUCAUAACCCAGAUACAGAGCUGAACGACUACUCUGUGUUACUUGCAUCUUUUUAAAGCUAAUUUACGCUAAAAUAAGGUCUCGGGGUUUCCCCCAUUUUGCAUCACCUCGGUGAAAAACCACCUCAGAAGCAUGUAUCCGGUGUCACUGAGACAGUGGUGUCAAAGGAAAAGUUUUAAUCCAAACGGAGAAAUAAAAAUCUUACAGUCCAGCGAGUCAUGCAAUCCCCAAACUCGGGAAUUACUGACUUGCCUGAAACUCAUUUCGAGUCUCGGUUGAAAGAAACGUCGCAAGGCAAAAAUAUCCUCUGUCCUCAGCAGGAAUGGAAAGAAACAGGGUGCCGAGGACUCGAUUUUUAAAGAAAAAAACACUUUUUUGGGAGGGAAGAAACACAGUGCGGGCGGCAAGGGAAGCGGGCAGGGGGCGGGGCGCGCUCGGGAGCGAACCAAUCAGCGCCCGCCGCGCUGCUAUAAAAGGCGGCGCCGCCGGAGCCGCCGCAUUCGCGCACGUCGCGAUGUCGGAGACCGCGCCCGCCCCCGCCGCUGAGGCAGCGCCCGCCGUGCCCGCCCCCGCCGCCAAGGCCGCCGCCAAGAAGCCGAAGAAGGCGGCGAGCGGCUCCAAAGCCCGCAAGCCCGCGGGGCCCAGCGUCACCGAGCUGAUCACCAAGGCCGUGUCCGCCUCCAAGGAGCGCAAGGGGCUCUCCCUCGCCGCGCUCAAGAAGGCGCUGGCCGCCGGCGGCUACGAUGUGGAGAAGAACAACAGCCGCAUCAAGCUGGGGCUCAAGAGCCUCGUCAGCAAGGGCACCCUGGUGCAGACCAAGGGCACCGGCGCCUCCGGCUCUUUCCGCCUCAGUAAGAAACCGGGAGAAGCCAAGGAAAAAGCUACCAAGAAGAAAAGCUCUGUGGUUAAGGCUAAAAAGCCGGCAGCUAAGAAGCCCGCCAGCGCCGCCAAGAAGCCCAAGAAGAUGGUGACUGCGAAGAGCCCCAAGAAGGCGAAGAAGCCGGCGGCCAAAAAAGUAGCCAAAAGCCCCAAGAAAGCCACAAAGGCUGCCAAGCCCAAGAAGGUGGCGGCAGCAGCGAAGAGCCCGGCUAAGGCAAAGGUGUUGAAACCCAAAGCAGCCAAGCCAAAAUCUGCAAAGACAAAAGUGGCCAAGGCAAAGAAGGCAGCGCCCAAGAAGAAGUGAGCUCCUUACUGAGGAGGAGUUAUGCUCGGCAUUUAAACCAAACGGCUCUUUUAAGAGCCACCCAAAUUUUCUUUAAAAGAGCUGAAAUUUAAGUUUGUUAUGUAGAACCCCAACUAUCUUGCGUAAAUGAAAAAAGUUAAUUAGUUAAAAGUA